GCUGCGGAAGGACCCGGGCUGCAAGCUCGGCGGCGGCGGCGGCGGCGGCGGCGGGAGCAGAGGAGAGGCCUGCACUGGGCCCGAGCUGCAGGUGCAGCAGGCUGUUUCCAGCGCUGGCAGGCUCACAGACCGCGAUGUGACAGAAGAGGGCCAGGCUUCCCUGCCCCCCCUGUGAUACGCCCUCUGCCUGUGAGGAGCUCUCAGUUUCAGAAAUGAGCUAGAAACGUCACUUGUGGAUGAAGCCCAUGUCGCCAAUCGUAAGAUAAGAGGGAAAAGGCAGCUGCCAGUCGCUCAGCUCACAGGCACUGGGACCCGGCCCAGGGAACAAGAGGACAGCUUGCUGCCGUCACCACUUCAGGCCAAGCCAUGGACCCCCCUGAGAUGCUCAUCAAGGACCCGUAUGCCCACGUCAGCAUCCCGAGGGCUCACCUGCGGCCCGAGCUGGGGCAGCAGCUGGAGGCGGCUCCAUCCUCCUCGGAGUCGCAGCCUCUGCCCGUGGGGUCCUGCACCCUGGAGCCUACCGAGGAGGCCCCAGGGCCCAAGGGCGCCGAGGGGGCUGCCUCCAUCCGGGGCCAGCAGGCCUGGCAGCAGCCCUGCACCCCCGAUGGCAGUGGGCAGCAGCAGCAGGCAGGACUGCCCUGCGCUGGCCUGCCGCCGGUGGGGCGCGGCGACGCCAUUGCCCAUCACUGCUGGUGCUGUCCCUGCUGCUCCUGCUGCCACUGCCCCCGCUUCUGCCGCUGCCACAGCUGCUGCUGUGUCAUUUCCUAGCCUGGCCCCUGGGCCGCAGGGCCUGCUGCGGGACGCCCCCACACGGCAAGCCCGGGCCUCUGCUCAGGUGGCCACAGCAGUGCCCGGACAGUUGGAACAGCCACUGGCCUGUUGUCAUGGGUGUUGACCGCUCCCCACCCUGGACAGCGGCACCUACCCACCGAGAAGGCUGACAGCUCAGCCCCCACCCCUGAAAACAGAGCCCUGGGCACUGGCCAUGAUGGCAGCCCCGGGGACACCCUUGACCACCUCUUCAAGGCCCAGGGCCAGGCAAUAAAGCAGAGCGAGCUUCGUCCCGGCCACUCUUCUCCUUUGCUGCUCCCCGCUUCGGGAGGGUCCCAGGCUAGACGCCACCACAGGCUGCCAGCCUCUAUGGGACAUUCCGGGGUGGGGCAGCCUCAUGACAACCUAACCUGCACUGCACUCUCAGGUUGGCCCAGAGGCUGUACAGGACGGCUGGUCAGGCCUGGGUUUGAGCUGCCCUGCAUUCCCUGGGGCUGAGGGUGAGCCUGGGAGACAGGAGAGUGUGUGGGUCACACGGCAGGAGCUCGCUGUGCCUGGAACCAGGAGUAGAGCCCGAGAGCGGCCUCCAGGAGGAGGACCGCGUUGGCAGCACAGUGGUGGGUGGGCCCAGCGCGGGCACGUUUCCAGGAGCGGGAGCCCAGGUGGCCAGCACCGAGCCCUGCCCGCCCGUGAGUCACUGCCCUGCCUCGGCCGGGGUGUUUUUCUGGUUUCCCACAGAACACCCAAUUCCUGAACACCUGCUGUGUGCUGCUUCCCGCCGUCCUGCCUCUGGGGCCUGGGCUUCGUGGAGGUGGGCAGAGAAGGCGCCGGGCCAGACCCAUCUCCCCCCGUCCGAGCAGCACAGCGCACCCGCGUUGGGGGCAUGUGGGGAGCUGAGCCAUUUGGCACGGGGGUGAGGCCGGGAUGCCGGUGUGAAGACUGAGCGGCGAGGCCAGUACCAGGCACACUGAUGUUUCCGGGACCGGGCAGAGAGAGCCGGAGGAGGAGGCCAAGCCGGCCCCGCAGGAUGGACGGGUCCUGGUGCCAGCCCUCCCCUGACCCCGGGUGACUGGCCACACGGCAGGACUGGCCCCUGGGCGUGGGCAGGCGUGUCACCGGCCUGACUCCAUGGGGCUCAAGCUCCCGGCCCUGCCCCAUGACUGGCCCGCACAGGAAGAUGACCCCACCCGGGCCAGCCACCAAAACCCGUCUGACCAGUCCAGGAGGCGGGGGCCUGCCAGGAUGGCAGCAGUAAGGAGGGGACCCUUUGGGCCUGGCUUCCUCUAGCGGGAUGGAGAGGGUUCUGGGGUCCUGACCUCAACCCGACCCUUCCCAACACACCCCAUUCUGCUACGUCACUGGGCUGGCCCCAAGGCUUUGACCAGGCAGAUGCCAGGGGGAGAUGGCCUCUGAGAAGGGCAUCCGGAGCUGCCCACGGUUCCCUGCACCUCAGAGAGUUUCUGGGUGGUCUCUGUGUGAGUGCGGAUCUCCACUCCUGUGCUUGAGGGCCUCCUUGGAGCCUUAUGGGGCUGGCUUGUGAUGGGAACAUGACAGGCCCAGCCCAGACAGGGACAAAGGCAAUGGGACAAAUCAACAUGGACACACACACUGUGCUCGAGCCACAAAGCAGAAGGACCCCGCAGAGCUCUGAGCUGGUGGGGGUCCUGGCAGGCUUCCUGGAGGAGGUGACGCUUGAACUAAGAGCUGAAGAACAGGCAUCAGCCAGGUCAAAGCCAAAAAGCUUUCCCAUCA